AUGAGCUGGGAGUUUCUGCUCGCGCUGUGUGCGCUGCUUCUGCUCCUGGUGCAGCUGUUGCGCUUAAUUCGGGCCGAUGGCGACCUGACCCUAAUGUGGGCCGAAUGGCAGGGGCGACGCCCAGAAUGGGAGCUCACUGAUAUGGUUGUGUGGGUGACUGGAGCAUCAAGUGGAAUUGGUGAGGAGCUGGCUUACCAACUGUCUAAAUUAGGAGUUUCUCUUGUGCUGUCAGCCAGAAGAGUGGAUGAGCUGGAGAGGGUGAAGAGGAAGUGCCUUGAGAGUGGCAAUUUAAAAGAAAAAGAUAUACUUGUAUUGCCAUUUGACCUGACUGAAACAAGUUCUCAUGAAGUGGUUACCAAAACGGUUCUCCAGGAGUUCGGUAAAAUUGACAUCUUAGUCAACAAUGGUGGACGAUCCCAGCGUUCUUUGUUUGCGGACACCAGCCUGGAUGUGUACAAGCUGCUAAUGGACCUUAACUACUUAGGGACAGUGUCCUUGACAAAAUGUGUCCUGCCUCACAUGAUCGAGAGAAAGCAAGGAAAGAUUGUCACUGUCAACAGUAUUAUGGGUAUCGUGUCUGCACCCCUGGCCAGUGGGUAUUGUGCCAGCAAGCACGCUCUUCGGGGUUUUUUCAAUGGUCUCCGGGCUGAACUUGCAGCAUAUUACCCUGAUAUAACAAUUUCUACCAUUUGUCCGGGCCCUGUACAGUCAAAUAUUGUGAAGAAUGCUGUAACAGAAGAAGUUAUGAAGACUGUUGUCAAUCCCGGAGACCAGUCCUACAAGAUGGCAACCAGUCGUUGUGUGCGGCUGAUAUUAAUCAGCAUGGCCAAUGAUUUGAAAGAAGUCUGGAUCUCACAUAACCCUUAUUUGUUUAUGGCAUAUUUGGGGCAAUAUAUGCCUACCCUGGCCUGGUGGGUCAUGAGCAAGUUUGGGAAGAGAAGGAUUGAGAAUUUUAAGAGUGGUUUGGAUGCAGAUUCCUCUUAUUUUACCGCCAUGAAGAAAAAACCUGACUGA